AUGCAGGAGCCUGGGCAGCAGGACCGGGAGGCGGCUUCCCCCAAGGCCUCCGACAUUGUGAACUUUGCCGGCAGUUGCACUCUGCACGGCAUCAGCCAUGUCUUUUUGCCGGGGCCGUUCACACCACGCCGUAUGGCUUGGGCCACUGCUGUCCUGGCUGCGGUUGGGAUCUUUCUGUACCAGGUGGCCGAACGGGUCCAGUAUUACCGGGAGUAUCACCAUGUCACUAUGCUGGACGAGGAGGAGGGGAAGCUGCUCACCUUCCCAGCCAUCACCCUUUGUAACUACAACCGCAUCCGUCGGUCCCGGCUGACCCGCAAUGACUUGCACUGGGUGGGGCAGGAGCUGCUCGGCGUGGAGCCCCCAGACUUUGCGGACUACUUGCAAGCCCUGGGCCAACCGGGUGCAGAUGCCAGCCCGCCCGGAUUCUUCCCCAGCAGGAGCUUCGACAUGCAGGAUUUCUUCCAACGUGCUGGCCACGAUCUGGGGGACAUGUUGCUGGACUGCCGUUUUGGCACCCGGGAAUGCGGCCCCGAGAACUUCACCACUAUAUUCACCCGCUUGGGCAAGUGCUACACAUUCAACUCGGGGGCUCCAGGCCACCCGCUCCUGACCACAGCCAAAGGUGGCACAGGCAACGGCUUGGAGGUCAUGCUGAACAUCCAGCAGGACGAGUACCUGCCUGUCUGGGGCGAGGCGGAGGAGACUUCCUAUGAGGCAGGCAUGAAGGUCCAAAUCCACAGCCAGGAGGAACCGCCUUCCAUCGAUCAGCUGGGCUUUGGCAUAGCCCCCGGGUUCCAGACCUUUGUCUCCUGCCAGCAGCAGCGACUCUUCUACCUCCCGCCCCCGUGGGGUGACUGCAAAUCCAGCCCCAUUGAGUCAGACUUCUUCUCCAACUACAGCACGGCCGCUUGCCGCAUUGACUGCGAGACCCGCUACCUGGCAGAGAAAUGCAAUUGCCGCAUGGUGCACAUGCCAGGAAAUGCCAACAUCUGCACCCCAGAACUGUACAAGGAAUGUGCUGACCCAGCUCUGGACUUCUUGGUAGAGAAAGACAAUGAGUUCUGCAUGUGCCAGACGCCCUGUGAGACGGUGCGCUUCGGCAAAGAGCUCUCUGUGGUCAAGAUUCCUAGCAAGGCUUCUGCAAAAUACCUGGCCAAGAAAUACAACCGCAGCGAGCAAUACGUCAUGGAGAACCUGCUGGUGCUGGACAUCUUCUUUGAGGCGCUGAGCUACGAGACCAUCGAGCAGAAGAAGGCCUACGAGGUGGCUGGCCUGUUGGGUGACAUCGGGGGCCAGAUGGGGCUCUUCAUUGGGGCCAGCCUCCUCACCAUCUUGGAGAUCUUGGACUACCUGUAUGAGGUGCUGCAGGAGAAGCUGCUCAACUACCAUCAGAACAGGAAGCGGGCAGGAAGGCGGAACAGCCAGAGCCUGGGAGCCCAGGAGGCUGAGGACUGGGGGGGGGGCAAGAAGUGUGGCAAGUAUUUCCCCGCAGCAGCGCAGGAGCCGCCCCCACUUCUCAGGCCGCCCCCUCUCCAGGCGGCCUUCCUCUUCCCAAGCCCCUCGAAGGAGCUGCCAGGGGUGGAGCCUGUGGCCGUUGCCCUGCCAGUGUGCCCCCAUCUCUGCCUAAGCGCUGCACAUUCUCUCCAUGUGCGGAAGCAGAAAUCCUCUCAGGGAGCACCUGGACCACGCUGCGCCGUGAAGCGAAUGCUGCCGGAUACCCCCCGAAGCUGCUACCUCGUCACGCGGCUCUAG